CGCAACCGUCCUCGCUCCCAACACCUUGUCCCUCCUCGCUUUCUUUUUGUCCACUGGAGGACCACAUAACCAUGGCAUCGGAGACUCUCGAUCCUCGGAUGACAUCCAUCAAGCCUCGCAUUCGCUACAAUACUAUCGGCGGCGUUAACGGCCCUCUGGUCAUUCUUGAUAAUGUGAAAUUUCCCAGAUAUAAUGAGAUCGUGUCCCUGGAGCUCCCUGAUGGGUCAGAACGAUCGGGCCAGGUUUUGGAGGCUAGAGGGAACAGAGCAGUCGUUCAGGUGUUCGAAGGAACUCCAGGUAUUGAUGUCAAAAAGACGAGAGUCGAGUUUACUGGCCACAGCUUGAAGCUUGGCGUUUCCGAGGAUAUGCUUGGGCGUGUCUUCGAUGGCUCGGGACGUGCGAUUGACAAGGGACCUAAGGUGCUGGCGGAGGAUUAUCUGGAUAUCAACGGUCAACCUAUCAAUCCUUAUUCACGAGUCUACCCUGAAGAAAUGAUCUCGACUGGUAUCUCCGCCAUUGACACCAUGAACUCCAUUGCCCGAGGGCAGAAGAUUCCCAUCUUCUCGGCUGCCGGUCUUCCGCAUAAUGAAAUUGCCGCGCAAAUCUGUCGUCAGGCCGGCCUGGUUAAGAGACCAACAAAGGAUGUUCACGAUGGUCAUGAAGAGAACUUCUCCAUUGUGUUCGCUGCUAUGGGUGUCAACAUGGAAACCAGCCGAUUCUUUACUCGCGACUUCGAGGAGAAUGGUAGUAUGGAGCGUGUUACUCUCUUCCUAAACCUGGCGAAUGAUCCUACGAUUGAACGUAUCAUUACUCCUCGACUUGCAUUGACCACGGCCGAAUACUAUGCAUACCAGUUGGAGAAGCACGUUCUGGUUAUCAUGACUGAUCUGUCGGCCUACUGUGAUGCUCUUCGUGAGGUUUCUGCUGCACGAGAAGAAGUUCCCGGUCGUCGUGGUUAUCCCGGUUACAUGUACACUGAUUUGUCGACCAUCUAUGAGCGUGCUGGACGAGUUCAAGGCCGCAACGGUUCUAUUACCCAGAUUCCCAUUUUGACUAUGCCUAACGAUGAUAUUACACACCCCAUCCCUGAUUUGACUGGCUACAUUACUGAGGGCCAGAUCUUCGUUGACCGUCAGCUUUACAACAAGGGUGUCUACCCACCGAUCAACGUCCUCCCGUCUCUGUCGCGUCUAAUGAAAUCUGCUAUUGGCGAGGGCCGCACUCGCAAAGAUCACUCGGAUGUGUCUAACCAACUUUAUGCCAAAUAUGCCAUUGGACGGGAUGCCGCCGCCAUGAAAGCCGUCGUCGGUGAGGAGGCUCUGUCCUCAGAGGACAAGCUGUCUCUCGAAUUCCUCGAGAAGUUCGAGCGCACUUUCAUCAGCCAGUCCCCAUACGAAAACAGGAGCAUCUACGAAUCACUGGAUAUUGCCUGGAACCUGCUCCGUAUCUACCCGAAGGAGCUGCUGAACCGUAUUCCCAAGAGAGUCUUGGACGAAUUCUAUGCUCGCUCUGCCCGUAAGAUCCCGAAUAAGGAUACGAGAGAUCAUUCCGGGGAGCAGUUCCAGACUCAGGCACAACAGACUGCCAAUCUAAUUGAGACCUAAUUUGGUGGACUUUUUGUGUUUUUUAUUUAUUAUUUGGUGGAAGCUGGAUGGAAAAGAUGUGAGAGACAAUAUAUAACCUUGUCCAUGCUUUUCUAUCCUGGUUCGUUGUUGCAACUGCCUGCUUUCACAGGCUUGGGUAUGCUUCCUUUUUUUGUCUUUCUGUUUCUUUCCGCUUGCGUUUUCAUAUGUACCUCUUGUAGACUGUUGGUUUUCUUUUCAUGCAGAGUAUAGUAUACUGCAAUUAUCACGUACU